AUGGCGGCAAUGGGACAGGAGGCCCAGUUCAUAUGGAGUAACAGGAACAGGAGCCAUUCCUUUGGGGCCAACGCCCCGCUGAUCGAGGAUAUCGAGGUGGGCCAGAUAUUAGUCCCCGAGGUCAGCUCUAAUCCCUGACAUCAGUUCCUCGGUUUGACCUACUCCUCCAGUCAACGCGACAGCCACACACGUCUGGUCAACCCUUCAUACAUCACCAUCACUGGGACAGAAAUUUCAAACAAGGAAGAAAAUAACAUAUUCUCAGCGUCAACAUCGCAUCUUAUUUUUCUUCAAGGAAACCGAUGAAUUUCUUGAAAAAUAGAACGUAUGAUCAGAAAUAGAAAUAUGAGGAAUUAAUUUUUUUUUUAAAGUUUGCAGAGAAAAAGCUGGAAAAACUUGUUUUCCUACAUGGGCCCAGGAUUUCUUGUGGCCAUCGCCUACAUUGACCCGGGGAACUGUAAGAUCCUACUAGUUCAUGUAUCUUCAGCGUUGACUUCUCUGCCAUGAUUCCUAGCCUACUUAUGAACAUGCAGUUGAGACGGAUCUGCAGGCCGGAGCGCAGUACAAAUACGAGGUACUCAUCCGAAAUAAUCAUAAAAAAUUUUAUUUAUGAUUCAUUUAAUCUACUUUGAAAAGAAAUCAUACGAACCUUGUUUUGUACAGCUGCUGUGGAUAAUUCUGGUGGCAUCAUCUUCUGCUCUCAUCAUCCAAUCUCUGGCUGCUAAUCUGGGGGUGGUCACAGGUCUGUGGAUAAUAUUGCCAUAAUUAGAGGUUAUUAAAGCCUGAUCAUGGUAUAUAAACAUAUACUAUUUAUCUACAUGAACGAACCCUUUUGAUGAUCAUAGAAGGGAUGUGGCAGGGAAGCAUCUGGCAGAGCACUGCAGAGCAGAGUAUGCGUGCGUCACAAACUUCAUACUCUGGAUCCUGGCUGAGGUUGCAGUAGUUGCAUGUGACAUACCUGAAGGUUUUUAUCCUCUUUGAUUGGUUUUUUUUUUUCUCUCUCUCUCUACAUUGUUCAUAUGCACGCUAUUGAUUCCACUGAAUUGAAACUGUUCCGUUUCUUCAUUUGUUCCAAAAUCAAUAAAUAAAUAAAUAAAUCAGGUUUUCAAGAUGUGAGAGAAUUCAUCAUGGAUCGGUUAGGUUCAUCCGUCCUUUCUAUACUUGGAAAAAUCAACUUUGCAUAGAUUAUAUAAAAAACGGUGGACAGUGUUCAUCGUUGGAGUUUUUAUUCUCCAAGGAAACUAUUUUGGGAGGAGAAAAAAAAAAGAAAAAAAAAAAGGCAUGUUCUUCUCAACAUAUAAUGACAAUAAUGCUGUGAUAAUGCUGUGAUGAUUAUUUUCUGAGAGUUAAAUUCUUUAUUUUUUUGGCCAUUUCAGUGAUAGGAACGGCCUUUGCCUUGAAUAUGCUCUUUGGCAUUCCUGUGUGGUGUGGUGUUCUUAUUGCCGGGUUUAGUACACUGAUGCUUCUGUUCCUACAGCAAUAUGGGGUACGAAAAUACUCAAUAAAUUUUAUCUAACAUCAUACAAACAAGAUGAUCAUUGACCCAUUAUACGGCAGAGUCCCAUAAAAAAAAAAAUAUAUUAUCUUUUGUUUAAUUAGAUAAUUGCAUGGAGUAGAAGAGGACUGAUGAGCUCUGCUGGACGAUUACUUACCUCGGCAGGUGAGGAAGCUCGAGUCGUUCAUAGCCUUUCUUGUGCUCACCAUGGCUGCCUGCUUCUUCGUGGAGCUCGGCUAUGCAAAACCUAACCCUUCGGAAGUCAUGAAAGGGCUCUUCGUUCCCCAGCUGAAAGGGAAUGGGGCCACUGGGCUUGCCAUCUCCCUGCUUGGCGCCAUGGUUAUGCCGUAAGUUCCUGGAUCUUCCCGUAGCUCUCUUCUGGUGUUCAUCUUCUCCCACUAACCUCUUUCUAGAAAAAAAAUAAAAAUAAAAAAUAAAAAAUCAAUCAAUCAAUUUCAGGCACAAUCUCUUCCUCCAUUCCGCGCUGGUGCUCUCAAGGAAAGUUCCCAGAUCUGUUCAAGGAAUCAAGGUAAGAUCAGAACUGCAGAACGCCUGUCCAAUGAAAAGAAAUGGCAAGAUGAUGGGGAUAUUUCCUAGUUUGGUGCUCACAUUGGCCUGGCUCAUGAGUGAUGUGGUUGCAGGACGCAUGCAGAUUCUAUGCCAUAGAGAGUGCGGUUGCCCUCUCGAUAGCCUUCUUGAUCAAUGUUUCUGUCAUCUCCGUCAGCGGUGCUGUCUGCAGCUCAUCGAAUCUGAACGGAGAAGAUAAGAAGAGCUGUGAGAGCCUGGAUCUCAACAAAGCCUCAUUUUUACUCAAAGUAGGUGGCUUGAAUUUCUUCAGACUUAAAUCUUUGAUCAAAUGUUCUUGCGGUCCAUGGUACAAAAAACUCUUCUGAUGCUGGGAUUUUCAUGCGUGAAUUAUAUAUAUAUAUAUAUAUAUAUAUAUAUAUGAACAUAAUAAUUAUUUCGUGACAUCCAUAAAGUAUUAUGACAUUCUGACGAGGAUUUCAUAGAAAAUCUGCGCUGAGGAAUUAGGAGAAGACAUCAAUUGGUGCAUGUAAGCUGAUGACAAAGACGAAAAAAAAGAGGGGGGAGGGGGAUAAAUAAUUAAAAUGAUUCAUAAUUAUAAAAAAUACAUAUUUAUUUAUUUUUCGUGAUCCACAUUCUGCAGAAUGUUCUGGGAAAUUGGAGCUCCAAGGUGUUUGCUAUCGCACUGCUGGCCUCUGGUCAGAGCUCUACGAUUACAGGAACAUACGCUGGGCAAUAUGUGAUGCAGGUAUAGAUCAAAUACCCCUGAAAAACUAUCCCAUGCCAUAUCCUGCCUUAUUUUUCUUCCAUAAAAAACAUAACGCGGUUCUUGACUCUUGAAUCCUGAAUCUUACCAUCAUCCCAUAUAAUUUUGGUCAACUUAAUGUUUUCCACAACCCGGAUUAAGGGAUUCUAUGGUCUCCAGGUGGAUGCUGCUUAUGAAAUUAAAGAUUUUUCUUACACAUUUUUCUUUUUGUUGCAGGGGUUCCUCGAUCUGAGGAUAAAGCCAUGGAUCCGGAAUCUCCUGACCCGGUCUCUGGCUAUAGUUCCCAGCCUCAUUGUUGCAAUAAUCGGCGGUUCUGCUGGAGCCGGCAGAUUGAUCAUCAUAGCCUCGGUAAUCAUUCUUACAGCAUAUGAUUUCCAGACUUAUGCUCCUCAAACUAUGAUUUAUAGCUAUAUUUGACUACAGCUCUCAAGUCCAGACUAUGAUUUCCACAUACUUUUUUACUGAAUCCUAUCUAUGUAUAGCCUUUUUUUUUUCCAAGAGAAGAUUUAGAGGCGAGAACACAGACAGAUUUGGUGAAUUUCCGCACCUGAUUUUGGGUUGCAAUGCUGAUUCCCUCUUGUUGUUGCGAUCUGCGGGCAGAUGAUCCUGUCCUUCGAGCUCCCCUUCGCGCUGGUUCCCCUCCUGAAAUUCACCAGCAGCAGCACCAAGAUGGGGCAGCACGCUAAUUCAAAAUCAGUAAGGAGAGAGAAAAACAUAAAGCAAGCACCUUUUAACCAUACAUCUUUUUGGGGGGCGAAGGAGGGAUCAUAUCAUCUUCUUUUUUAUAUGCCUUGCCACUGCAGAUAUCGGUGGUGACAUGGGCUAUCGGCUCCCUGAUCAUGUCCAUCAACGUGUACUACAUCGUGACCAGCUUCAUCAAGGUGCUCCUGAGCAGUGGGUUGAGGAUCGUCGCCGUCGUCUUUGCCGGCAUCUUCGGCUUCUCGGGGAUGCUCAUCUACAUAGCUGCCAUCGGGUACCUGGUCAUCAGAAAGAACAAGAAUGUCAUCAAGCCGCUGCUCAUCGACGGGGUGGAGGUUGGCCGGAGAAGCUCUGGCACAGAUGCCGCCACCCUUCCAAGGGAAGAUAUAGUGAGCAUGCAGUUACCUGGAGGGAGGCCGAGGCCAGCAGAUGCCUGUUGA